UCGGACAGCGCCAGUUACACGCAAGACAGGCGGCCAAAGGUUACACACGCAGCGAUUUCAGCGGAUAACCCUCUUCUGGCUCUCCACAAACCUCCGCUUCUUGUUGACAUCCCCCUCAUUCGCCCGGUGUCACGUAAACGACGAUCAGGGAGAACGGCAAAGUUGCUCGAGGGUGCGACUUGGACGCGGUAACGGAUGUAGGCUCGGUUCUGAGUCGAUCCCCCCUCCGCUCGCACCGCUGGCCUUCUAUCGUUUCUCGACAGCCGGGAAAGAGGCGCUGGUCGCGGGAAUGGAUGCCGUGUGGAUGCUGCCUGUGCUGCUGGUGCUCCCGCUCCUGUUGUGGACCAGCAGCACGUUCGUUUUCUAUUUCAAAAAGUGCUUUUAUGUGGCGUACAUGAUGCUGCUGGCCGUUGUCGCCAUACCCAUUUGUAUUCUGAAAAGCGGCGGCAGGGACAUUGAGAAUAUGAGGGUCAUCCGGUUCUUGGUUCGCCACGUGAAGUACUUCCUGGGUCUGCGCUAUCAGGUCAGCGGUUGGGAACAUCUACAGACAGACGGACCAUACGUCAUCAUCUCCAACCACCAAUCAUCUCUCGACGUGCUAGGGAUGAUGGAGAUCCUGCCGGACCGCUGCACCAUGAUCGCUAAGAAGGAGCUGAUAUGGGCCGGGACGGUGGGCAUGAUUUGCUGGCUGGGAGGAAUCGUCUUCAUCAACCGCCAAAAGACCAGCGACGCCAAGACCGUCAUGAGCGAUGCUGCUAAAACCAUGCUGGCCGACAAGAUCCGAUUGUGGGUGUUUCCAGAAGGCACACGGAAUCAGAACGGUGGGCUUUUGCCCUUUAAAAAGGGAGCGUUUCAUUUGGCCAUUCAAGCACAGGUUCCCAUCAUACCCAUAGUCUUCUCUUCCUACAGCAACUUCUACCUACGAAAAGAGAAAGAGUUCAAAUCAGGCAGCAUCACUCUGAAAAUCCUCCCAAAGAUCGAGACGAAGGGACUGACGGCGGACGACGUGACGACGCUCUCCGAGCAAUCGUUCGGCAUCAUGCGCUCGGCCUUCCUGGAGAUCUCUGGUCAAGCGGCGCAGAGCAACGGCCCGUCCACCCACUGAGCGCCCUGCGGCUGUCGCGCCUUUCAUUCGCUCCGACACCAAGGAUGGCUUGAGUCGUCGCCUUCGUCGCGGUGGUGGUGAUGAAGAUGCUAACCAUGACAGCCAGGCACUUCAGUAUCUUCUCCGACGUCCUCAUGAAGCAGGAACACAUGUCCAUACAGACCGAGACACACUUACAUUCACCUUGACUACAGUACAUACAGCAGAUGUCAUCUUAGCCUAGAUUCGAUCUCCCGUUGGACUCCAGGGGGCGCUAAGCUGCGUUCAUUUUUUUUUUUUUUCCCCGGCGCGACGCUUUGUUCCACGUCAUUGGUUCGACUCGGACUGCUUUCGUCGGGUCGGGUCUUGGAGCGACGCCCUGAGAACAUCGUGGAUGUGCGUUCGACAUGCAUGCCUUUUCUCCGUUUCUCUUCCUUUCGUCGAUCUACAAAGACUCGUUUCCGUUCGUCGGCGUAGGUCGCUGUCUCUCGAGGUUCUCUGCUUGCGUUGUGGGAAAUCGGUGACAAACAUAUGUUUAUUUUUUACUUCUUUGUCUUUUUUGUUUUCGUAUGCAAGAGUGCUUUUCUUUAGACGGGCCCCUUAACCGAUUCAUCGACCAAAAAGAUUCAUUCGGAAAUGUCCUAUACACUCCAGAGUAAAGCUUUUUGUGUCGUCACAACCAAAACUUUUUAUUAAUUCAGUUUCCUCUUUUGUCGUUCAAAGGUUUAGUUCGUGACGUAUAUCUCCAUUGUCACCGUUACAAAGUGCGGCUUCUUCCUGUGCCAUGUGUCCAAAGUGUCUCAGAUGUUUUCUGCAUAUAGUGGUAGAAUAUUGUGGGAAAACACUAUUGAUUAUUGAUCUGUGAUCAGGAUUGUUUGAUUAGCGUUUUAGAAUAGAAAUGCGGUCCUGUUGGCUUUGGUUCAGUGCUUUGCUCAUUUCCUGAUUUCGGGCUACAAAGUAAUAUUUAUCGUCGUUCGAUCCUUUUGUUUAAACCGAAGACCGUUUGCGAGGGAAUUGCUAUUGUAAUAACUAAUCCAAAAAGUAUUAUCUAACACACGAUGUAGAUUAUGGCGUUAUCUAAGCAGCCAGUUGAACUAAAAUGCGUUUCAGAGACUUUAUUAUUAAUAGUCAGAUUUUGAAGGUCAGAAUCGAAAAUACGCUUGUUGGCAAAACUCGGAUUUGUCUUUCAAAACCUGCUGUCAAAUGAUUAAUUGCGUCCAAAAUAAAAGUAUUUGUUUGCAUAAGA